AAGAUGGAAGCCUUUCAUUUUGGGAUUAUCUUGGCACUUUUAAUACCUGGGUUGGUCUUCAGUGAUGAUCCCAACAGACACUAUGCAAACCUGACUGACUCUGGAAACUAUCUUGUGACUUACUCUGGAGUAGAACCUAGAUUACUUUUUGCUACCAGUGAGCCCAGUCAACUGAUACAGCCAAACAAAACGGUUCUUUGUGAACAGCGUACUAAAUUCAAUCACGUUUUCAAAUAUAUCAACACAGUAAUGUCCUGUGCCAUUUUCAUCAUUGGACUGGUCGGGAAUGUAACUCUAUUGAGGAUUAUCUACCAGAACAAAUGUAUGAGGAAUGGACCCAAUGCGCUAAUAGCUAGCUUGGCAUUAGGAGACCUCAUCUAUAUAAUCAUCGAUAUCCCAAUUACGACAUACAAGCUUCAUGCUGAAAGCUGGCCCUUCCCAAACACGAAUUUUGGGUAUUUUCUUUGCAAAUGUGUUCCUUUUAUACAGAAGGCAUCAGUAGGAAUCACAGUACUUAAUCUCUGUGCCUUAAGUGUGGACAGGUACCGAGCAGUUGCUUCUUGGAGUCGUGUUCAGGGAAUCGGAGUCCCCCUGAUCACUGCUAUUGAAAUCAUUGCCAUUUGGAUCCUUUCCUUUUUCCUGGCUAUCCCGGAAGCACUUAGCUUUACUACUGUACCUUUUGAAUACCGAGGGAAAUUCUAUGUUGCCUGCAUGCUCCGUCCAACUAAUGCAUUUUUGGAGUUUUACAGAAAUGCAAAGGACUGGUGGCUCUUUGGUUUCUAUUUCUGUGUGCCGCUUGGAUGCACUGCAAUCUUCUACACCCUAAUGACAUGUGAAAUGCUGAACAGGAAGAACAGGAAUUUGAGAAUAGCUCUCAAUGAACAUCUGAAGCAGCGACGAGAAGUUGCAAAGACAGUUUUCUGUUUAGUUGUGAUUUUUGCCCUUUGCUGGUUUCCUCUUCACUUGAGUCGGCUUCUGAAGAAACUGAUGGACAAAAUGACCCCCACCAGAUGCGAAUUUCUCUGCUUUCUGUUGGCAUUUGAUUAUAUCAGCAUGAAUCUAGCAGCCAUAAAUUCCUGCAUAAAUCCUAUAGCACUCUAUUUUGUCAGCAAGAAGUUCAAAAACUGUUUCCAGUCGUGCCUCUGCUGUUUGUGUUACCAGAAUGGAUGCCAAACAACAUCUGUUUCUAUGAAUGGAACAAGUAUUCAGUGGAAGAACAAUGAAUUGAACAACUACAACACAGAACGGAGCAUCCACAAGGACAGCUUAAACUGA